GGGGCACCGAGGGGCUCCGUGGGGACCGUGGGGGCAGCGAAGGGCCCUGGGGGCCGGGCCGCGAGUAUGGCUGCUCCGCCUGGGGUGCCGCCGAUGCGGGUGCUGGAGGAGGCGCUGGGCAUUGGCUUGUCGCCCACGGGCGACGCGGCAGAGGCGGUGGCCGCCGAGGGCGCCUACUACCUGGAGCAGGUGACCCUGACUGAGGCUUCUGAAGAUGAGUGUGAAUACGAGGAGAUACCAGAUGACAAUUUCAGCAUUCCAGAAGGUGAAGAAGAUCUGGCAAAAGCAAUUCACAUAGUUCAAGAGCAGGCUACAGACGUUCAGAUUCUGGAGCAGAAAACAGUUCUUCCUUCAAGGCAUGUAGUACACGAAGCCAUAGAAGACUUUGUCUGUAAUUUCCUGAUCAAAAUGGAAAUGACCAGAACUCUGGAAUGCUUUCAGGCUGAAUGGUAUGAGUUAAUACAGAAGGGAGAAACUGACCUCAGAGCCCUCGGGAAUGUUCCAGAUGUCUACAGCCAGGUGAUGUUAUUAGAGAGUGAAAACAAAAACCUGAAGAAAGAUUUGAAACGUGUCAAACAAGCAGCUGAAAGGGCCAGAGAAGAUCUGCUGAAAACUCAGAAGGAACGGGACUUUCAUCGCAUGCACCAUAAGCGCAUAGUGCAAGAGAAGAACAAGCUGAUCGCAGACCUGAAAGGGCUGAAAUUACAUUAUGCAUCUUAUGAACCAACUAUUAGGGUGUUACAUGAGAAGCACCAUGUUUUACUGAAGGAGAAAAUGCUGACCUCCUUGGAAAGAGAUCGAGCUGUUGGGAAGAUUUCUGGGCUUCAAGCAACACUGAAGAACAUAGACAUCAGACAUAUUCAGGUUCCUAUAAUCAAAGUUGGUCACAGUUGUGAGAAAGAAAACAAGUCCGAAGGCCCUACUCAGAAAUGCCUUCGUGAAGCCAGGGAAGAAAAUGGGCCUAAAACAAAGAUGAAGAAUGGUAAAAAGGAUUCAGAAUUUCCCACAGAUAUGCAACCAGAUCCAAACUUGAGUGCCUGCAAAGAAAACCUUUGUCCAGCAAAAUUUGACUACAAGUUAAACAACAUUUUUAGACUUCAUGAACUCCCAGUGAGCUGCAUCGUCAUUCACCCCUGCAAGGACAUUCUGGUCUGCUGCAGUGAGGAUCGCCUCUGGAAGAUGGUGGGCCUCCCAAAGGGCAAUGUACUUCUUACAGGAUCUGGCCACACUGACUGGCUGUCAGCCUGCUGCUUUCAUCCCAGUGGCAACAAGUUGGCUACUUCAAGUGGUGAUUCCACAGUUAAAUUAUGGGACCUUUCAAAAGGCGAAUGCAUGCUGACCUUGGAUGGACACAACCACGCAGUAUGGUCCUGCACUUGGCACUCUAGUGGUGACUUUGUGGCCUCUGCCUCACUGGAUAUGACGAGUAAAAUCUGGGAUGUCAAUAGUGAACGGUGCAGAUAUACAUUAUAUGGACACACCGAUUCUGUGAACAGCAUUGAGUUUUUCCCCUCCUCCAACACUCUUCUCACUGCUUCUGCAGACAAGACCUUGUCUGUGUGGGACGCACGUACAGGUAAAUGUGAGCAGUCUCUGUAUGGGCACAUGCAUUCCAUCAAUGAUGCUACCUUCACGUCUAGGGGUCACAUAAUAGCAUCCUGUGAUGCCCGUGGAGUUACGAAGCUGUGGGACUUCCGGAAGCUCAUUCCAAUUGUGUCCAUUGAUGUGGGUCCAAGUCCUGGCAAUGAGGUGAACUUUGACUCAACAGGUCGAGUUUUAGCUCAGGCGAGUGCCAACGGAGUAAUCCAUUUGCUGGAUCUUAAAUCUGGACAAAUUCACAAACUGGUGGGCCACGAGAGUGAGGUCCACACUGUGGUGUUUUCCCAUGAUGGGGAGAAUCUGUAUUCUGGGGGUUCUGACGGCACCGUUCGAUUGUGGUUCUGAUCAGCAACAGCUCACCCUGCUGCAGAGGGCAUUCCACUCUAAGGUUUAAAAAUGUUUCACAUAGUCUGCUCCCAAGCCAGGAAGUACCUGGUUAAAACAACCAGUAAAUAACAGAUUUGUUUUAAAACAAGCUUUGGGGGAAUGUUAUAUGAUCCAAACUCUUACAAAUAAAAAUGAUAACAUUUU